AUGUCACACGUCCUCUCGCCACCAGCUCUCUCCCAAGCAUCCCACAACCCCUCCACCGUCACUCCCUACCCAUCCCCAUCGCCCUUCUCGCCCAUCUCCCCAGCCGAGACUCGGCAGCAGCAGCAGGCAAAUAGCCUACUUGUACCGACAGAUCGAGAAAUAGAUGAGCUGGAAACAAAGUGGCUCCCAAAUCUAGGAAGACUUAGGGUAGAAAGAGAGGUGGUAUUGAAGGGAUAUGCGCUGUAUAGUCUCAGAAACUGGUCAGUCAUAUCCGCAUACCUUCUGGUCCCCUCCUUAGAAUUGUCAGAGCAAGAAGGGGCUCGCGAAAUUGCCAAUGCUGUACAGGUCCUAGCAGCUGAGACCCGCUCCCAGCCACGCAAAACUGAGCUGGGCACUUUGUUGGUGACGACUCCUUCCGCAUUCGGUCCAGACAUAAACCCAGUUCCAGGUGGCGACUUUCGGAUAGCCAAGCCUUAUAUUAUUGUCAAUACAGGCCUGCGUCGACUAGGAUGCGGUGGUCGCGCGAUCUUGGGGCUCGAGUCGCCCAUACCAGCUUUACGAAGAAAGUUUCAUGAUCUCUACAGGAUUCCCACUCUCUCCCCCCAGCCAACACAAGCUACCGCCUCCUCGCCAACUCGAUCAAUGUCCAUCUCCGGCUCGCCACAACGCCAUCGCCAACUGGCCUCUCCUACAAGCCCCAUACCCAACGGCGACGGACCGGCGCACGAUGCGAUCAGCUCUGAUCCAUUCAUGUACCUCAUUGUCGAGCUGGUCAAAGUGAUACAGGCGGCCCUGGCGUUGUGGGGUAUGUUUGAGGAUGUGGGAGAAGAUGCGCAUGGGCGGGCGGUAGGGCCAGGUAUGGAGAUUGAUGGACUCUUCUGUGACGAGACGAAGGGGGCUAUAUUCAGGUGGCGAAGAUCUAUGGGCAUGGAGCACGAAGAGAGCUUGAAGAUUGAGAAAGAGACUUCAGGCGGUUGCAUCGACCCAAAGACCCUGACCGCCCUCCUAAGCUCAAUCACAAGCCUCCACUACCAGCUCGAGGUCCUUGAUGUUGAACGGCUCCCCAAGGAUCCAUUCACGAGCAUUCGCCGCACGCUCAAAACGUGGCUGAAUUUUCAGACCAUGAUGAAGUCGCCUCUUCCCUCUCCUUUUCUGACUGUUCCGUCUGUCCGCGCAUUGUUCCAGCAUUAUCUUCUGGACAGACGUCAUACGGGGGACUCUUUACGCGUACAACGAUUGUUGUCAGAAGUCGCCCAUACUGCCAGCAGUCUCUCGGCAAACCUCAAAGGUGUUGGGGAAGAUCCUUCUCUCCGACGUCGGGAGCACCAUCUACGCCAUCGCAUGGAUGAGCAAGACCUUUGGGAUCCCGGCGUGCUCAUGAUUAUCCCCGAAGGCGACGUAGGCUCGGUGGCUCCGCCGGACGUCAUCACUAGCGAUCUUGAAGCCUACGUGAAAGGUGUUCUGAGGAGCCGAGAGAAGGAUUGGGAUGUCAUGGGCGCUAGACGCCUUGCGGACCUAUGGAAUGGUACCUUUGGGGCAUCGGUGGAGGGGCGAAAACGAAGGCGGGGAAGCGUGAGCAUGGGUCUUGCCGGGGGCAGAGAGAGGCACGUCUUGAGGAAGAGGACGACCAGCAGGGAUGACACUAUUCGAGAGGAGGAAGGCGAUUUGCGAGGAACAUUCAAAGAGUUAUCGGGGAGAGCAGGACAGGCUCUCAGAGACGGACUUGGCAUCAUGUCCCGGAAGGGCCAUGCUUAUGAAACGUCAGAUUCUGAGACUGGCGCGGGGCCAGGUCCAAGUACGUUGCGCGCGUCUCUGCUGAAGAAGAAGCAAGCUGCCGUGCCGGUGCUCAUCGAGCCAGGGGUCGUUGACAACGACGCUCAUCCUGACCUCCAAUCUACUUCACCAUCCCCUUCCAAGUCCCAUCGCCAUCUCAACGCCCCAGGGAUGAACUUUCCCACCUUACCCUCAUUUCUAAAUACAGCAUCGAGAACCAACAGUCGUGCGCCGAACGCUCGUCCUCCCACGAUCAACAUUCCCUCGGGUAACGAGUCUGAUGUGUGGUCUAGGGCGGACUACAAUCAGGGAAGGAGCCCAGGGGAAGAACAGUCUGAUUUGGACUGGGGCCAGGCCGGAGGCAACAAACGUGCGAGCUUUGUUAGCUCUUCUGGUGCUAACGCUGCAGGUGCUGGUACUUCUCAGGUAUCUGACCGAGCUGUGGCUUGGAGGAACAAGGGCCGGUCAACAGUCAUGUUGAGGUCGAGCAGCGAUGGCGCCGAUGUGGUAUUGGAUGAUAGUGGGAUGGAAUGGGAGGUGAUGAACCCUCGGGGCACUGGAAAAAGAGGCGAUGCCUCUCCUAGACACUCAUUCGACAAUUUCGAAGAACUUGAAGGGGUUCGGAUGCUAUCAGCCCAGCAUCUGCAAGUCGACGUUGAGAUGUGCUCUGUGGUCCUCGAACUUCGUUUGAAAGAGCGCAUAUUGUCGCAAAAGGUCAAAGAUGCCAAAAUGCUAGAAAAGGCACUCUUCACUGGAGCGACACAGUUCGUCGAGUCGGCCAAUGCCCGCCGUCGGCAGGUCGACGCUCUAAUGGCGCAAUCUGCUGCCUUGGUAAGCAGUCUCAGAAGCCUCGAGACAGAUGAGGACCCCGAAGAGGAGUUGCCAUACGACAGAUUCCACUACUACUUGAGCGAAGAGACUCAUCGGCCAGAAUUGUUGGAUGAUCUGGGAAGGUUGAAGGAGAUGUGGGAGCAGGUGAGGAAGGAGGGCGAAGAUAGAAGGAAGAGCGUGGAGCAGGAGGGUCAUAGAAAGGGUUGGUGGUUUUGGUAG